UUGCCCGUGCGAACGCUUGUUUAGUUGUGUCGUGAUAAGCGGGUUAGUGGUGAUUUCGAAGUAUUAACGACCGCAAGUUCCUGUGGCGGUUGUGGAGUGGUCACUCAUCUUCAUCUCCAUGCAAAUCGACACUGUCCCUGGCUCUCCUUGUUUCUCUGGAAGUGUGUUCUUUCUGGGGGGUCAUCAACUAAGCAGGUGGAAGACUUACAAUGGAUGUAAUCUGGAUAUGAGAUUUUUGUAACUAGAUUAUUUCAUAAGAAUCAGAAGGGUGACAAGAGAUGCAUCUCAAAAUGUAUUGGAGCACCUGUAUCCUGUUCAGCGGCGACUAGGAGUGAUUCCUUUAUACCUUCUAAAGAGCAGCUAAUUGAUGCGCGAUUGAUAUAUUCUGUUGCUCCAGCCAUGGGCCACAACCAAGAAUCUCAUCCAGAAUCACAUUUUAGGGUUCCUGCAAUUGUGAAUGCUCUUGAAGAAAUGAAGCUCACUUCAAAGUUCCGGGGUUCUGAGAUCAUUGAACUUCAAAACUUUGUGCCUGCCUCAGUAGAUGAUGUCACAAGUGUUCAUGCUAGAGCCUAUGUGUCUGGCCUCGAGAAGGCUAUGGGUCAAGCUUCAGAGAAAGGCCUUAUUUUCAUUGAUGGCUCUGGACCAACAUAUGCUACAGCCACUACAUUCCAGGAGUCAUUAGUUGCUGCUGGAGCCGGAUUAGCCUUAGUUGACUCAGUGGUUGCAGCGUCAGAGAACAGCCUAGAUCCACCCACUGGUUUUGCUUUGAUAAGACCACCUGGACAUCAUGCUGUUCCACAAGGGCCUAUGGGCUUCUGUGUUUUUGGAAAUGUGGCCAUUGCUGCUCGUUAUGCUCAACGUGUACAUGGACUAAAGCGUGUAUUUAUAAUUGAUUUCGAUGUCCACCAUGGGAAUGGAACGAAUGAUGCUUUCUAUGAUGAUCCAGAUAUAUUUUUCCUCUCAACUCACCAAGAUGGAAGCUAUCCUGGCACUGGUAAGUUUGAUGAGGUGGGAGCUGGAGAUGGAGAAGGAACCACAUUAAACCUGCCUCUUCCAGGAGGAUCAGGUGAUACUACUAUGCGAACUGUGUUUGAUGAAGUCAUUGUGCCCUCUGCUCAGAGGUUUAAGCCAGACAUCAUUCUUGUUUCUGCCGGGUAUGAUGCUCAUGUGUUGGAUCCACUAGCCAAUCUGCAGUACACAACAGGAACAUACUACAUGCUUGCAUCCAAUAUAAAACAAUUAGCAAAAGAAUUAUGCGGAGGCCGCUGUGUGUUUUUCUUGGAGGGAGGAUAUAAUCUCAAAUCUCUUUCACAUUCAGUGGCAGACUCAUUCCGUGCCUUUCUCGGUGAUCGGAGUUUGGCAUCUGAGUUUGAUGACCCAAAGAUUCUCUAUGAAGAGCCAUCAACAAGGGUUAAGCAAGCAAUCGAUAGGAUAAAAGCCAUACAUUCCCUGUGAAAUUCCUAGUAAAAAUCAGAUCUAGCUUGUAAUUAAGCAGAAUGGAAAGAUAUCAUGCAGUGGGGUCUUUAAUCUUUGUGGAAGACAGCCUAUGGAGGUGCCUGGUACGAAAGCAACAGAGUCUUCAUGUAAAAGCUUUGUAACAAUAAGACAAAAUUUUCACAUUGAAAAGGCGCCUUCACGAUA